AUGAAUUCAAAUCGCCCGGAAAAUUACUCCGCCGAAGGCCAGGAUGCGGCACAGAUGUCCUGUAAGAUUUACGUGGGUAAUCUCGCGUGGGCGACUGAUGAAAACGCGCUUAGUUCACAUUUCGCCAGUGUAGGAGAGGUAAAGGGAGCGGUAGUGAUGAGGAGUGAAGGACGCAGCCGAGGCUUUGGUUUUGUCACGUUUGCGAAUCCAGAACAAGCAAAGCAAGCUAUUGAUACCAUGUAUGAUUCGGAAUUGUGCAUGAGUCUGCCAUGCGUUGACGGUCGCCGCUUGCGGGUAAACGUGGCGAACCAAUUGAUUCGAGGGGGCACCGGAGGCCCGGGUGAUUAUCCAAUGAGCAGCGGGAGUGCGCCCGGGGGUUACCAAUACCCGAAUGCUCCUUAUCCUGGUGGAUCGAUCCCUUACGGUGGAUAUUCCCAUCCUCCCCCACCAGCUCAUGGGGGCUACAUGGGCGGAGGCUACAUGAACCCGACGAGCAGCUAUCCUGGAAAUGAAACUGGCGGUUAUCCCACCGGCGGGCCAACGAGUCACCCGAUGCCCGAUGGUCGAAAGGGCAACAACCAACCAGGAGGAUUCUAUCCGAACGGGGGAUCUUACCCUUACCCACAAGGAGGGUAUGGAUACUAG